AUGGAGAUCAAGCAAGCAUGUGGUCAGUGGGGAGUGCUGGCCGGGGCGGUGGCGUACUUGCUCCCGUUGGGCUUCUCCACGGCGGCUUAUGUCGUGUGCUGCCUCUGCGCAGUGGGCACGUAUCUGAUCUCGCUGUACAACACGGUCGGGCUUGUGCAGGCCAACAAGGAGUGGCUGGCACGAGCCAUGAUGGACAACAACACCCACUACGUGCUGUACUCGGUGGCGGCGGCGGUCCAGCCGCCGGCGCUCGCCCGCGUCACACCGCUCGUCCUCUUUGCCGCCUACCAGGUCGCCAACUGGAUGCACUCGACUGGGUCGGCGCCUGCGGCGCUGGCCGGCCCGGUUGCAGUCUUCCUCACUCAGCAGACGACCUUGUUCCAGAUCAUCUCGCAGAUCGAGGUCAUGACCGUGGCCAUGGCCGUCAUCUUUGUCCCCUUUGGCCGCUCCUCGCUCGCCGACGCCGCCAUCCUCUGCAACUUUAUCUACCUCCGCUACGCAGUCUCGCCCUUUACCCGCGCCUCGUUUGCCACCGUCGCCACGUACACAGACCCGCUGCUGGCCUCGCCGCGGACGCCUGGCCCCAUCGCCUGGGCCUACCGCAAGUUCAAGUCGCUCGCGCCGCCCAUCGUGCCGGCCACCGCCUAG